AUGGAUUCGGAUCAAAUAGUCAAUUUUUUAAAUUCCAAAUUUGAUACAAAAAUAAAGUGUUCGUGUGCCGUAGAGGAUUUUUAUUCGAUAGAAAAUCUCAUAUCAAAUGAUGAACAGAAAUGUGAUCGUGGUUUCAUGGCAUUUAGAGUGGUCAAGCCGCCAGUCUCCUUAGAAUUUCAACUUUGCUGUUGUAUUGAAUUGGUUUCGAUCAAAAUUUGGCCCCAAAUCGAUUCACUGAAAUCGACUGGCUUUGAAAUAUUUGUCAACAGUGAUAGAGUACCAGAAUAUUGUAAAAUUGGCAGCCAUUUCAAUUUGCAAGAAAACUGCAUUCAAUUCAUAAAUGAUUCAAUCAAUAAUGGCCAGUACAACCACGAAAACAGCAGCAGUCGUGACGAGCAUUUUGCUGUGGUAUCUUUCUUCCCAUCAACAAAAAAUAAACUGCGAAGAGUGAAGAAUAUAAAAUGUGUUAUAAAACAAACCGCACGUUGCGUCCCGGUCAUCAAACGACUCGAAGUUUGGGGUAAAAUUUCGAAAUUUGCGACGGAUCAACAGAAAGAAAAGAUUCAUCAAAUAAUUAGAAAAGAGAUUGAGCAAGUCGAAUGCGUGGAAACAGAGAAAACUCGUAUAAAUGGUGAUAGCAGUAACCUAACAAUAAACCGAGAGCUCAACGAAGACUCAGCAAUUCCUGAACCUUUCUUGGACACAAUCACAUUUGAGAUAAUGGCACUGCCGAUGGUCCUACCUUCUGGAAAAAUAAUCGACAAUUCAACGCUUCUGAAACACAUCGAACAAGGGGAGAAAUGGGGUCGUGUUCCAUCAGAUCCAUUUACUGGUCAACCGUUUACCGAUUCCAGAAAACCAGUGCUAAACGUUCACCUGAAAGCGCAAAUCGACUCGUUCCUGCUGAAAAACUGUAGCAUGCAAUCUGUUGCAACACUGCCGAGAACUAUUGGCUCGAUAACAAAACGGCGAACAGAACAAAGCGAAUAUACUCUUCCUCCUAAAAAAUGCCAUCAAAACGAUACUAUUGAAACACCACUAUUGCCUUCACUAUCAUCAUCGUCAUCGUCAUCGUCAUCUUCAUUUUCAUCUUCAUCUUCAUCUUCAUCAACAGCAACAGCAUCCACUUUUCGAUCAUCAACUUUAGAAGUGAAAAGCCAGAGUAUGGAUGAAGCCAUUAGAGGUGUAUUGAAAAUAGGAAAAUAUACUUCGAAUGUUCCAACAGAAAAUAAUUUGAAUAUUAAAAAAUGUUUUCAAUGUGUAGAGCUGGUUAGCAAUAAUUUAUAUACAAUAACAAUUUGUUCGCAUUUGAUUUGUAGAAAUUGUUUAGUUGAGAAGAACAUUAGCAUAUGUAAAUGCGGUAGAGGAUUUAGCAAUAUUGAUGUGAAUAAGUAUCAUCAUAAAAUAAUUUUAUGAUUAAAACCAGCGAAAGAGAAAUGGUUUUGUUGUCGUUUAAUUAAUUUAACAGUUUAUAAAAUUGUCUUAUGUCAGCCAAACGAAAUUUAAUGAAGAAAUCUGUAAUUCAAGUAAA